AUGGCCCGUUUUAAGAAGAAUCGAGCUCGCCAACCACCACCACGCCCUGCAAAGCCGACAGAUGUGUCAAAGCAGGCGGAAGAGUCAAAGCCAACGGCAGCUAGCGGCUUCUAUAACCUUCCGCCCGAAAUCUUCCAACAAAUCCUCGGCGAGGUCAAGAGCCAGGAUGAUUUGAACUCCUUGUCUCGCUGCAACCGCGGUCUUUACUUUGCAAUCUUGGAUGUUCGGUAUACCAGAGAGUUUGAGGAGUUAGUAUUGCUUCAAGGAGGACGCGAAGAGUCUCUUAUGUCUACUUUCCUCCGUGCCCUCGGGCAGGAUUCAAGGGAGUUGGUAUUGCCUCAAGGAGGACGCGAAGAGGCUCUUCUGUCUACUUUCCUCCGUGCCGUCAGGCAGGAUUCAAGGGAGUUGAUAGAGUGGUUAUUGUUUAGAGAACAUGGCUCACAAUUAAGAGGACUAUUCCGUCUGGUAGAAGGCUUCACACCUCUCCAUUACGCGCUGCUUCAAGAUGCCCCAAAGGUCGCAAUUCAGCUUCUAAAACAUGGAGCUGAGCUCAACGAAGAUGAAGCGCUGUAUCCCGAUCUUAAAUCCCUCUACGUCGCUAUUGCCCAACCCCAUAGUAACAGGAUUGGAGCACUCGAUGGACCCCUUCGCAUCGCGUGCAGUUAUGCCCUCCCGAGAACGGCUGAAUAUCUCCUAAUACGCGGUGCCGACCCCAAUACUCACAGUGAUUUUGGGUUCGCAGCAAUUCACAUAGCCGUACGGCAGAGGACUCCCUGGGGUCGAUUCGGAAGGUUCUUAAAGUGCAAUCGAGUUGGAGGAAAAUCCCCCGAGAGUGUUGACAAAAGAAGGGACUCUGAGGGGGAUCAGAAAAAGGAGGAAAAUCGCAACAGUUUUCGAAAGGAAACAAGGUCCAAGAAGACCAAAGCGCAAUGGAAUUCCACAAAGGCCAAAGAAAAGGACUCUACAUCUUCGCCUGGGGACGAAUCGAAGGAUACUCAAGACAAAGACCCUGAGAGUACUGCUUGGGAAGCCAAAGUGCUUCAAACCGUCGAAGUGCUACUGCGCUUUGGUGCUGACUGCAAUCUACCUGCACUAAAUUCUCGCCAACACAAAUGCAGUCACGAGUGUUGGAAGUCGUUGUCCUGUGCUCCAAUUCAGCAACGUGUCCUUCAUAUUGCAGCUGCUAGUGGAUACGCUUCAGUCGUAUCGGCUUUGGUCAAGAGAAACGCAGAUAUAUUCCAGGCCGAUGGACAAGGCAAUCGUCCCAUUGUUCAUGCCAUGGCUCAAGAUCACGGUGAAAUUGUGGCUUUCUUGAUGGAGAAAAUGGAACAGGGUGCAAAAUCGAAAGCGUAUCGCGUCAAUCCACGCGUUUGUGAAACUACGAGAAGCACGGUUCUUCAUAUGGCUUGCCGAUUUGGACAUGACACUGUGGUUAGCGAUCUCCUGAAAAGGGGUGCCGACGUGAACGGAGUGGAUUCACGAGGCCGGACGCCCCUACACGAAGCUCUCGGGCAAUCCGCCCCAGAUUUGGAGGACCGUCUCGUAGAGACACUUUAUAUACUUUCAGAAAAUGAUGCUAACCAAGAAGCCGUCGAUUACGAUGGUAGGAGAGCGGGAGACAUGGGAGAAAAGCAUAGACUUUCGGGGGUUCGCAAGCUAUUUGAGUAUGCUACUAUGGCUAGAUACGACUGGCAGCGUCUCACCGAAUCUAAGAGUAACGGAGAGGCGGAUAGUGUGGGCUACGUACCACCUCCAGACCCCAGCUGGUUUGUAAACGAGGAGCCAGAGGUUCCUCCGCAGAUUCACCCUGACCUGGCAUCAAUGAAGGCUCCCGUUUGGGUCAAGAAGGACAGUUUCCCACAGUUGAAAGGUCCCGGGACACAGCCUAAGGUGGCCGACCCUACUCCAAAUAGGGGUAAUUCGGCGGGUAGUCCGCGAAUGGCCCCCGAGCUGUUAGACACGGCGGCGCCGGUAAAGAAGGCAGAGAUGGCAGAGACCGAAAGGCCAACAGGAACCGAAGAGCCAGCAGAGACCAACGAGAAAAGGGGUAAAGGGGGAGGACGCAAGAAGUGGAAUCGUGUACCACUCAAAUAA